ACAGUAUUACUUUUUUAGCAGUGCUAUGAUCAUAGCUUGUACCUUAACAUCUGUGCAUUGCUUGGGAACUCACUGCUAAACUAAACCCGACUGUUCCUAUCUCAGCGAACUAAUACUCUAAUUUUAAGCUCUGCCUAUAUAUUACUACUCCAUACGCGGCUUGGAGACUUUACAAUUGCCACUUAAGCAGGCUUCGCCAGACUUGUCCGCGGGACUUAAGCCUAUGGAUUGCUGAGGUAGCAUGAAGUAGUUUGCGUGAAGCAGCAGCAAAGCCAUGCGGACCGUCGUUGCUUGGCAGGAGACUCCUCCUGAAAAGGACGGCGUUCGCAACGUCUGCUAUGACUUGUGCUUUAAGCCAGAUGGGUCACAAAUCGUUGCGGGCAUCGGGAACCGUGUGCUGGUCUACGAUGCUGCGGAUGGCGACCUCUUGCACGCCCUUAAGGGGCAUAAGGAUACGAUUUACUGCACAGCAUACGCCCAGAAUGGCAAGCGCUUUGCCUCAGGAGGUGCGGACAAGACCGUGAUCAUCUGGACAAGCAAGGCGGAGGGCAUCCUCAAGUACACCCACAACGAUGCGAUCCAGUGUCUGUCGUACAACCCGGUCACGCAGCAGCUGGCCAGCGCCACCGCCUCGGACGUGGGGCUCUGGUCACCGGAGCAGAAGUCCGUUGCCAAACACAAGGUUGCCACCCGCAUCUGCUCCAUCUCCUGGACCGCCGACGGCGCCUACCUGGCGCUUGGCUGCUUCGACGGCGUGAUCAGCAUCCGCGACAAGGGCGGCAGCGAGAAGCACCGCAUCGAGACGGGGCCCUCGCCGGUGUGGAGCAUCAGCUGGAACCCGGUGGAGACCAACGUGCUGUGCGCGGGUUGCUUCGACGGCUUCCUCAAGUUCUACAUGAUGAGCGGGCAGCAGAAGAGCAAGGACCGCGAGCUGGCCUUCGACCCGCUGUGCGUGUCGUACUUCAGCAGCGGGGAGUACAUCACGGUCAGCGGGACGGACAGGACGGUGCACCUGUACACCCGCGACGGCACCUACCUCACCAAGAUCGCGGACCGUGACAGCUGGGUGUGGACCGUGCGCCCGCGCCCCAAGCACAACUUCGUGGCGGUGGGCACGGAGAACGGCGGCAUCGCGCUGUUCCAGCUCAUCUUCUCCACCGUGCAUGGGCUGUACCAGGACCGCUACGCCUACCGCGACCAGAUGACGGACGUCAUCAUUCAGCACCUCAUCACGGAGCAGAAGGUGCGCAUCAAGUGCAAGGACUACGUGAAGAAGAUUGCGGUGUACAAGGACAAGCUGGCGGUGCAGCUGCAGAGCAAGGUGGUCAUCUACGAGCUGGCCAACGCGGACGACUUUGACAUGCACUACCAGUCGGCCACCAAGAUACAGCAGAAGCUCGACUGCAACCUGCUGGUCGUCACCUCGCACCAUGUCAUUCUGUGCCAGGAGAAGAAGCUGCAGCUGUACAACUUUGACGGCGUGAAGGAGCGCGAGUGGGUGCUGGACAGCGUGAUCCGCUACAUCAAGGUGGUGGGCGGGCCGCCGCGGCGCGAGGGGCUGCUGGUGGGUCUCAAGAGCGGCGCCAUCCUCAAGAUCUUCGUGGACAACCCCUUCCCCAUCCCGCUCAUCAAGCACAGCGCCAGCGUGCGCUGCCUGGACCUGUCGGCCUCGCGCAACAAGCUGGCGGUGGUGGACGAGAACGCCAAGGUGCUGGUGUACAACCUCAUCACCAAGGAGCUGGUGUUCGAGGAGAGCAACGCCAACUCGGUGGCGUGGAACAGCGAGUUCGAGGACAUGUUCUGCUACAGCGGCAACGGCAUGCUGUCCAUCAAGACCGGCGACUUCCCGCUGCACCAGCAGAAGCUGCAGGGCUUCGUGGUUGGCUUCAAGGGCUCCAAGAUCUUCUGCCUGCACUACGUAUCCAUGCAGACGAUCGACGUGCCCCAGUCCGCCUCCAUGUACCGCUACCUGGAGAAGAAGGAUUUCGAGUCCGCCUACCGGGUGGCCUGCCUGGGGGUGACGGAGGCGGACUGGAAGCAGCUGGCUCUGGAGGCGCUGCAGGCUCUGAACCUAGACGUGGCCCGCAAGGCCUUCAUCCGCAUCCGCGACGUGCGCUUCGUGGAGCUGGUGAACCGCACGGAGGCGGGUCGCAAGGGCGGCGUGAGCGAGCCGCUGCUGCUGGCGGAGAUCAUGGCCUUCCAGGGCCGCUACCAGGAGGCGGCGCGGCUGUUCACGCAAGCGGGCGCUGUGGACAAGGCGAUGGAGAUGUUCUCCGACCUGCGCCAGUUCGACGAGGCCAAGAAGUGGGCGGAGGAGUUCGCGGCCAGCGGGCGCGGCGACCAGCGCAGCGUGCAGGAGCUGAUCAACCGGCAGGCGGAGUGGAGCGAGGAGGUCAAGAACUACGAUGCGGCUGCGGAGAUGUACAUCAAGGCCAAGAAGUACGACCGCGCCAUUGCCAUCCUUGCCAAGCACCAGUGGUGGGACAAGCUGGUGGGGGUGGUGCGCCAGCUGGACAAGACGGACGUGCGCUGCCUGGGCAUGUGCGCGGGGCACUUCCGCCGCGCGCCGCACUUUGCGUACGCCAAGGAGACGCUGCUCAAGAUGGACGACACCAAGGGUCUUAUCGCGCUGUACGUUGAGGCGGAGAAGUGGGACGACGCCUUCCUGCUGCUGCACGCGCACCCCGAGUGCCGCCAGGACGUCUACCUGCCCUACGCCAAGUGGCUCAGCAGCCAGGACAAGUUCGACGAGGCCCGGCUGGCCUACCAGGAGGGCGGCUUCCCCUCGCUGGCCACCCGCAUCCUGGAGCAGCUGUGCGCCAACGCGGUGGUGGAGAGCAGGUUCGCGGACGCGGCCUUCUACUACUACCAGCUGGCCAUGGAGGCACUCAAGAGCAUCAAGAACCCUCCCUCCGCCAUGGCUCCCUCGGACCGCACCGCACUGGAGCGGUUCACAGAGCUGUACGACAGGGCAGAGGUGUACUACGCGUACGACAUCGUACACAAGAGCGUACACUCGCCCUUCCGUACCACCCACCCCGACACGCUCUUCAACGCCUCGCGCUUCCUGCUGAUGCGCACGCUGCCGCCGCGGGAGGUGCCGCUGGGGGUGAGCGUCGUUAACGUGGUGUACGUGAUGGCAAAGCAGGCUGUGGAGGGCGGCGCCUUCAAGCUCGCCCGCUUCGCCUACAACAAGCUGCAGACGCUGGUGCUGCCCGCCUCCUGGCAGGCGGAGGUGGACCUGGCCUCGGUGGUCAUCCGCUCCAAGCCCUUUUCCGACAAGGAGGACCUGCUGCCGGUGUGCUGGCGCUGCUCCACCACCAACCCGCUGCUCAACACGCAGGGAGACUACUGCAUCAAUUGCGGGGCGCCCUUCAUCAGGUCGUUCGUCACGUUCGAGCACCUGCCCAUUGUGGAGUUCGAGCUGGAGGCGGGUAUCGACGACGAGGAGGCUCAGCGGCUGCUGGGAGAGGAUGCGGGGAUGGAGGCGGCCAGGCGCGAGCAACGCGCCCAGCGCGCCGCCAAGGUUGCGGAGGCGGGCGGCAACGUGCUGCGGCUGGACCAGGACGAGAUCAACCGCAUGGAGGACGCCUUCGCGGCACAGAUGAUGGUGCCCAACACCACCAUCCGAGUGGAUCGGGCCAUGAUGCGGCGGCUCAAGACGGGAGAGGUGAUGGUUCGCACAUGGCCCAACCCCGUCAUCCCGCGCCAGUACUUCCGCGUGAUGGACAGCGAGGUGCCGCUGUGCUGCGGGCCCUGCGGACACUUCUUCGAGCAGGACGAGUACGAGAUGGCGGGGCUGGAGAAGGGAUCCGCGCCCUUCAGCCGCGCGCCGGUGCGGCCCGAGGGCCUGGCGCCCGGCGAGGAGGCGGAGGAGGAGAGCGCCCCCGCCGCCACCCCCGGGGCGUCCCGGAUGAUGGGCGGACCGCUGGGCAAUGUGGGCAUGGGGGCGCGGCCGCCUGUGACGGGCAGCGGGGGCAGCGGCAGCAGCAAGGCGCGGCUGUCCAUUCCCUUCCAGCAAGGCCGGGCGCUGGUUUAGCGUGGGCGAGGUGAAGCGGGUUGUGGGUGUGAGCGAGGAUUGGCGGUGGUUGGAGUGAGCCGUUGCAAGCAUGGGGUUUAGGUAGGUGGCUGCCUUGGGAGGGAAAUUUGAACCGCCUGUCACACAGGCAGGGACCUGAUGAGCUGGCGAUAGUGGGGCACGUUGGGGACGCUUGGGUGGUGCAGGUGCGGGUGCAUAGCGUCCUGGAGGUAAGUGCCCGCAGUUUCUGAAGCGUGCGAAGUCGGAGUGGCGCGCGAGCCACGCGUGCGGCGUUGGUGCCUGCCCUGGGGAUGCGAGGCUGCCUCAGCGUGCCGCUCAUGGAUGGUGACCUGUUUACGGCAUUUUCUGGUGACCAGCAACCUGCGUGCGACUGGACAGGAGCUCAAAGGUGGACGGGUAUGGCUGUUACCGAGCAUUGUACAUAUCUGACCUUGUCUGUUGUCAGCUGACCCAUGGGACAUCUGGAGUAACAGCGUCUGAACAGGCGCCGAGAGAGGCGUGCUUGCGGUGGUUCAUGAAGGGCGUACGAGUGCCGUUGUGCGAGGUUGUUCAGUGGCGAGAGGAUAGGGGCCCUAGCUGGUAGUUGGCCGCCGGGGCUUCUGCGCUGCUGCUUGUGGCAGGUAGCAGGACGCGGAGUGCAGGUGAGGGUCGCGCUACCUACCUGUUGUAAUGGGUGCGAGGGCCUGGUGGACAAAUAGCGGUGAAACGGCAUUACACGGUAUCCAAGCCACUUUUUUACCGUGGGACUUGUUGAUAAUCCAGUUUA